AUGUCCCAACCCCAAUUCAACGAAAGCGAACAGCGCGAACUUGCUCAGUUCCUUGAGGCUGAAAAUGCCAAGGCUCGUAUUCAACAGACCGUUCACUCCUUGGCUGACACUUGUUGGGAUAAGUGUAUCUUCAAGGUUAACAACAAGAUGGAGCGCAGUGAAGAAGCUUGUUUGUCUAGCUGUGUCGAUCGCUUUUUGGACACAAGUCUGUUCAUUGUUAAGCGUUUGGAAGAGUUGAGAAGCUCUGGUAUCUAA